AUGGUUUUGCCACUACCAUUCUUUCCUCAAACCAGAGAGCCGUUCGGACGAGUCGUAAACGUUAUAGUGCGCCUAAGCCCACUUGACGAAUUUAGGCUGAGAAGUAUUCGAAAAGAUAUCUAUGCACCGAGGGUCGAUGCACAAGUAUUGCCUAAUUUGGAACUCGUCCGCAGAUUGGGAACCUCAAAUAUUGAAUUUAUCAGAAAGACUCUCUCUAACAUUGCACGCGCACAAUCAAAAUUUGAAAUUACGCUGAGCAGUCCUUUCCUUGUAGAUAGAUCUGCCAGUUUCAGUCUCCACAUGCUAGCCUAUGCGCCUGCACUCAAGGUCAUGCGCAAUAAAGUCCGGGAUCACAUAAGGGACAUUGUUGUAGUAAAUAACCCAAUAGGUAAGUAUACAGGUCAAAAUAUAUACCCCUAUCUUUUAGAGGUUGGAACUUUCCCUUGGCCUCAAGAUACCAAGAUCCUACUGAAAUCGGGUAUUCCACCGGAAGAUGGAGAUACUUGGUUAGAUCACGCAAAAAGACAAUCUUCUAAGAAGUUGAAUCCCGUGACUGCAAUCGGUCUCACAAUGGUAAUAUAA